UAGAGCUAUCAACGCGAACGGAUUAAUAACGCGAAACAGAAUCCAACGAAUCCUUGUUAACCGAAAACCAAAAAAAAAACCGAAAUCAAUAUGAAUUGCCUAUCCGCCAUGUUCAAGUACUUAUUGUACAUUUUAAAUUUGGUCUUUGUGGCCGGAGGAAUUUUGUGCAUUGUUGUGGGUUCGAUUAUGCUCUCCAAUAUGGGAGAUUUUACAGCAUUCGAAGGAGCUGUCAAUACACAAACCAUUCCAAUUACCAUAAUUGUCAUCGGUUGUGUUACAUUCAUUGUUGCCUUCUUUGGCUGCUGUGGCACAAUUCGCGAGAAUGCCUGUUGCACGAGAAUUUAUGCCAUCUGCAUGUUUAUAUUGUUUGCUCUGCAAUUGACCUUGUCAAUUUGGAUAUUUGUGCAGAAUGAUAAAUUCUUAAACAAAAUGGGUGAAGUUGUGGAUACGGCUUGGAAUGAAAAUGAUGCCGCUAAAGGUGCCCCCAUGGAUGCUCUGCAAUUGGCUUUCAAAUGCUGUGGCCGUUCUAGUUAUGCCGAUUAUACUGUUGUUCCUGCCUCUUGCUGUGGCUAUAAGGAUACUUCUCGGACCUGCGAGUCUACCAUUUACACAGAAAGAGAAGGCUGCCGGGAGAAAUUCGUGGAUUUCUGGGCUUCAAAUACCGAUUUGAUUCGUUGGAGUUCAUUGAUCAUUGCCCUUUGUGAAUUGGGCAUAUUCCUAUUGGCCUGUUGUUUGGCCAGUGCCAUGACCAAGAAAUAAGCAAAAUUAGUGCGCCAUUUUAGUUUAGUUUCAAUUAGUUCCUAGUUCUAGUAGUUAUCUGUAAGUCAUAAAUAAAAUGAGAAAAAAAGGAAAAUAAAA